AGGUUUAUUUUGAAACGUAGAUUCAUUUGCCACCGGAAGUGGUGUCUCCGCCGCCUGUGGUUGACGCUGCCGUUAAUGGCGGUGGGGGAGGCGGAGGGUCCUGGCAAGGGGAGCCGAGCGGCUGGAGAACCAGGGCCGUGAAGAGCCCAGCACCGACCACCACACUGGGAAGAGGAGCGUAGAGCGGCGCGUCGAGACCUCGGUAGAGCGGAACAGCGACAGACGCGGAGAAGUACUAACAGUGAUGUGCUGGUCUCCCAAGCCCUCCAGAUGUGCGACCAUGUCCUUCCAGUAACAACAACAGCCUCCUUUCAGGCGUCACUUUCCCACAAGAUGUCCUCACUGAGAGAUCAUCAGAGUUCCCUAAGGGACACCACGACUCAAAGUGUGACUACUAAAAUAACACCAACAAUCAUCUGCUAGUUCAUUAAAAUGAUAGAUGGCUUGAUUUACCCCACCACUAGCUAUUGAAAUACCCCCUAUUUAAACACAUUUGUACUUAAAAAAAAUGUAGUUGUAAACCCCCCUUCAUAGAGGCCGAUUAUUCUGUAGCUAGCUAGCAGAUAAUUGGCGGUUAACGGCUAACGGCAAGGAGCUAGCGGUGGCGCGCGGCUAGUGUGUAGCUAAGCAGAGAAUGGAGUACCACGCUAGUGGCAGCCUGCCUCUGCUGGCGAGACCUCGCUUCUGCCCCGGGGCUAACGCUAACGGCGCUAAUGGUAACGGAGCUAUCGUUAACGGGGCGGGCACUAGCGGUGGCUACCUCUGCGAGACCGGACACUGCUGUGGAGAGUCGGGCUGCUGUACCUACUACUACGAACUCUGGUGGUUCUGGCUCCUGUGGUCGGCUCUCAUCCUGUUCAGCUGUUGUUGUGCGUACCGCCACCGGCGGGCCAAGCUGCGCGUCCAGCAGCAGCAGAGGCAGACCGACAUCAGCCUGCUGGCCUACCAUGGGGCUACCGCGUACCCGGCCUCCAUGUUGGAUCUGAGUUUCCUGGCGUCUCUGAAGCUACCCAGCUACGAGGAGAUCGCGGCCCAGCCGUCCACCCCCCCUCCCCCCUACAGCUCGGUGUUCACCUCCCCCCGCUACCCCCAGCCCCCCACCGCCCCGGACCCCCACCUCCUCACACACCACCAGCGCCCCCAGCUGGCCCACUGCAGCGACAUGCUGUCCUCCCUCAGCUCCGACAACAGCUCCAGCUGCUCCUGUGACUCCUGCUGCCCGUCGUCUCCAUGUAGCUCCUCCCUCUCGGUGAACGUCACCUACGAGACGGACACAAGCCACGCCUCCACGCCCUGCGGCGUGCCCCCCCUCCCCCUGCACGUCACCGCGGAGACCGUUGCCUCGGAGGUGGCCCUAGAGGCAGUGCGCCGGGCCCAGUCCAUGGUGGUGGUCGUGGAGACGGUCGCCGUGGCUACCGCUGACCCCGGCGACAACAACGAAGGAGGCGUGUCAGGGAGCGUCGCGGACGAGGUGACGGUCACCGGGGAGACCGCGGCGUCGGUAACCACGGCGACGGGAAUUGUGUCGUCGGUAGCGCCGCACACUCCCGGAGAAGACGACGCUCGCACCGCGUCUCCCAUAAUGCCUCAGUCUGACCUGGCCGCCUGCGUCUCCAAAGCCAUCGUAAUCCUGACCGGUCAGAACCCCGGGAGGGAGCGAGCCUGUCCAGGAGAAACGGUCGCUGCAGAGGGACUUCCUGCCCCAAGCCCUGACCUCGUCGCUCCACUAAACCCUAGCCCUGACCCUAACCACGCCCCUACUAUAAGCCACACCCCCAACCUUAACCACACCCCUACAGAUAAGGCCCAAGCUGACCCUAACCCCACACCUAUUCUAAGACCCACCUCUGACCCUAGCCCCGCCCCUAACUUAAGCCCCGCCCCUGGAAGGGGUGAAGGCCCACCGUCCAUCCAGACCUGCAUCCCAACCUCUGGAGCCGAACAGCACAGGCCGGCCUCCCCCCCCUCUCCCCCCUCCUCCCCCCCUCCCCCAGUGCUGCUCCUGGCCCCCACGCUGGACUCCCUGCUGGCUCCGCCGGUGAGCCGGUCAGCCAAGACCUCCCUCUCUCCCUCCCCCCGGCCCACCCACUCCGCCACCAAGCAGACCCUCUUCUCCCCCUGCGUGGACGUCUACGAGGCCGGACCCCCCAGCUGGGGGCGGGCGCCGGGGGGGGAUCAGGAGGAGGAGGAGGAGGAGCAGGAGGAGGAGGAGGGGCGGGACGAAGACGACGUGGGCGCUGACGAGAGUCAGUACCGCCACCGCCGGCUGACGGGAGACUCGGGGAUCGAGGUGUGCCGCUGUCGCAUGGAGGAGGAGGAGGAGGAGGAAGAGGAGGAGGAUGACGACAACGACGACGAAGAGGAGGAGAAGGAGAGUGGAGGAGGAGGAGGAGGGAAGGAGUCUCUGAGGAGUGGAGGGGAGGGCGGGAGACAAGGAAGUGAUGUCACCGUCGUGCUCCACGACAGCGCCGACUGUCCAGCGCGGGCUCUGGUGCCGACCCCGCCGUGUAGCUCCUCCCCCAACGCCACGCCCACGUCCGCCCCCCUCAAAGACCCCGGCGAGGUCAUUAUCGUCGUGGAGACAGUGUGAUGGACCGUUUACAUACGUUUACAUAAAGCAGGAAGUGGGACAUUGUUUUAUACAUCACAGCUCUUGCUGCCCGUCAAUGCAUAAACUGUGGUCGUCGUGGUGACAUGGAUGCUACGGCAUCAUGGGUGUUCUGAUAACGUCACCACGCCACUGUUAGCACUCGCACAUCGGGGACAUGAGGUGUGUGUGAGUGCGUGCGUGUGUGCGUGCGUGUGUGUGUGUGUGUGUGUGUGUGUAAGUAGAGCAGAACAGUAGAAAUGAUUCAGGCUCAAAGACACAAGACGGAACAGACACUUCAUUCUAUUGCUCUCUCUCUCUUCCUCUCUCUCUCUUCCUCUCUCUGCCUCUCUGUCACUCACCCUAUCCCACUGACAGCACCAGGCAUAUUGUCCGAGCAAUAGCCCUCAGACAGCACUACACACACACACACACUUAGUCACAUGUUAUUUCCUACAGUGUAGCAGCAUAGAUGUGAUGAGUGUCGGCAACAUGAAUAUAUAUAUAUAUAUAUCCAUGAGAGACCGUCCCCGUUUCUACAUUUUGUUAGUCCUGGUCGUGUUUUACACAGCAAUAUCUUUUCUAUAGCUAGCCUGGCUGUUUCAGCACCGGUCGCCGUGGGAGACGUGUUGAAGCGGGACGUUAUGACCCUCAAUGGGCUUUGGGAGCGGACAUCACUUUGCUGGGGGCUGUGGCCCUCCCCCAUCCCCUGCCCCCCCCCCCCCCCCCCCCCCCCCCUGGUAGUACAGGGCAACGGUGGCGAAAUGAGAUGCCGAGGGACGGGAGGUGUGUGUUCUCCCCUCCUGGUUGCCGUGACAACAUGCACAGAUGGCCUGGGGAGGAAUAGAAGGAGAACGUGGGUUCUUAGAGCCUCCCUCAUUCCUCUGACCUAAAGGGACUCUAGUAGAGGACUCUACAGGACUCUAGUAGAGGACUCUAGUAGAGGACUCUACAGGACUCUAGUAGAGGACUCUACAGGACAAUAGUAGAGGACUCUAGUAGAGGACUUUAGUAGAGGACUCUACAGGUCCUCCUUACCGGACCCUACAUAACUCCAGUACAGGACCCUAGCACAGGACUACAGUACAGUACAGGACUCUACAUGACUCCAGUACAGUAACAGGAUUCUAGCACAGGACUCUACAUAACUCAAGUACAGGACUCCAGUACAGGACUCUCUAGCACAGGACUACAGUUGGACAGGACUCUACAUGACUCCAGUACAGGACUCCAGCACAUGACUCCAGCACAGGACUACAUUAGGACAGGACUCUACAGGAUCUGGUGCAGGACCCUAGAACGAUGGGACGUAACAACAUGUUGUUGUUAUUGAUGUUGUGAUUUGAUGCUGAUUUUGUUUACUGGGAUCUAAUAAGGUUAUAUAUCUCCAUGGUUACAGAGUGCCAUUUCUACUUGACAACUGUUACUAAGCGAUAGGCAAAGCUGUUAUUUUUAUGCGUGCGUACGUGUGCAUGUAUGUAUGUGUGUGUGUGUGUGUGUGAGAGUGUGAUUUCUCCCUCUGGUUGAUUUGUGAGUAGCCGGGUAAGGGUACUUUGUUCAUCGGCUGUGUUCAAACCGCAUUCUUGGAGAGUCAUCUGGGAUUUGAUCUUAGGGCGGAAAACCUGAAUGAAAUGCAAAAUGAGUUACGAUUUGACGGGAUAAAAUAAAGCCUUCAAUCCACUGAUGAGGGGAAAUGAUAGUGUAGGUUCAUGGUGCUGGACCCCCAGCUGAACAGGUGCCACAGACCACCUGGAGGCCUCCUAGUGUAGGGUUAAGCCUAAGUUAUGGUGGGACAUCGACCCAUCGCAAGGGGGUUUACCGACCCAUAAUGUCCUUGCAGACCACCACGAGGCCUCCUUGAUGCCCCUUCUGCACCUUAAAGUCAGGUCCCUAAAUUCCCUGUGACUCACUUUGGCCGGUGACAUAAAGAUUGAACAUUGACGAAACAGUCGUGGUAAAGGAAGCUCAGCAGGUCAAACCAUGUAUAUGACUGCCCUGGUCUGAGACUUAUCUGGGGGAUGUGGUUGUGCUUAGUUAACUCGAGUUAACCCCGCGUUCACCCCGGUCUACUGACGUUAGUGUGAUGCUACUGCUGAUGAACCCGCGGCCCGUAUGGCGAGGAGGGACACACGCUUCUUUCAUUUCUCCUUUCAAAUGUUAUUUUAUCGAUUCAGUCUUAAUGUCCCUGUGUGUGUGUGCGUGUGUGUUUGCGUGCGUGCAACCUAUCUAAACCAGUCUGUUCUAAUCGUGUGUGAUUAUAUACUGAAUAAAAGUAUCAAACAUA